UAAAUUGCUCGUGCUUGUGUACUUGCCUAUUUCAUCAUAUUUUGCAUUUAGUUGGUCGUUUAGGUCUGAGUAAUACGGUAUUGCUCACCGAAAUUAAUCAGUCAGUAGUCUUUAUUGAGUGUAGUGCGAAGCAAAGGAAACAUGUCUUCCCCUUGGGCACCAGUAAAACCAGUCGAGACAGUGGAUCUGCAAGAGAUCAUGUCCGAGGAGUACGCACGUGAGUUACAGACGAAAGAAAAUUCCCUAGUAGGAAUUGAUACUGGCCCGCGCAUACAGAAGCCGGUACAAGCAGUUUCGAAGCCGUCUCCAUCGAAGAGCACACCACCGCCAUCGGCGGUGGCUGAUUCGUUUGAGGAACCGGUGGCCGGUUGUUCCCGUGCGAUCGAUCCCGGGAAACAUCCGGAUACGAUUCCCGCCGACAUUCUGCGAGCGAUCGAGGAAGCGGACCAGCAAGAACUCGACUCCGAUGCGGUCAUAGCGCAAAUGCUACAGGCACAGUUCGAUGCCGAGUACGAUGCGCAGAUCAAACGUGAAGAGAACCACCGAAACAAGGAUUCCAAGGUGAAGGUGUCGUAUAAGAACUACCGUGUGAUCCCGGAGGAGCUGCUCUACGAGGAACCGGAGGACGUACCGAUCGAACCAAAGUCGGACUGGGAUCGGUUCGAGACGAACGAAAAAGAGCAGAAGCUUCUCCCGCGUACCGGGUUCCGGCUGAACGAGGAAGGUGAGAUGGUGACGAAGCACAAUCUCGACAUCAGCGGUAGGAGUAACGCCUGCAAGGUAAUGUCCUUUCCGCCGGAAUUUUCAACCGGCGAUGCGGCCGGUUUCGAUAUGAAGCUUUCGAACAAGGUCUACAACCAGCUAAAGUCCCACUCAAAGAAGUCGGUUAAAAAGCAGCAUAAGGCGCAGGAUCGGAAGGAACACAUUGCCACCGCCGAGAUGGGUCUGGACGAACCGACUCGGUUGAUUCUGUACAAGUGGAUCAACAACCAGCUGCUCGAGUCGAUCGAUGGUGUGAUCUCGACUGGCAAGGAAGCGAUCAUACUACACGCCGAAACGGACCCGUCCAACCCGAACAUCGAGGAGGGCGAGCCUGCUCCACCGCGAGAGGUUGCCAUCAAGGUGUUCAGUACGACGCUGAACGAGUUCAAGCAGCGAGAUCGAUACAUUAAGGACGAUUUUCGGUUCGCGGGGCGCUUUUCGAAGCAAAAUGCUCGAACGGUCAUUAACAUGUGGGCCGAGAAGGAGCUACGCAACCUGAACCGCAUCAAGCGCGUCGGCAUAGCCUGUCCGGAGAUUGUAGCACUGAAGAAGAACGUGCUGGUUAUGUCGUUUAUCGGCGACAACAUGAUCCCCGCCCCAAAGCUCAAGGAGGCUGUGUUAUCGGAAGCACAACUCAUUGUGGCCUACGAAGAGAUCGUUCAAAUCAUGCACAAGCUGUACAAGGAGGCCCGGCUCGUGCAUGCCGAUCUGUCCGAGUACAACAUCCUUUGGCACGAUGAGCGCUGUUGGAUUAUCGAUGUGGCGCAAUCGGUAGAGCCAGGUCAUCCUGGUGCCCUUGAGUUCCUCAUGCGAGAUUGCAAUAACAUAAGCAGCUUUUUCACCAAACGUGGCGUGCACGGUGUGAAAAGCAAGGAAGAUCUAUUCUUCGAGAUCACCGGACUUGACCCGCUGUCCCAUAACGCCACCAUCCUCGAGCGGAUUCACAUGAAGGGUGAACCGGCGCACAUCGUGUCUGGUAUCGAUGACGCAACGCCGGAUCAAUUUAAGCCGAUGGAGUAUCCGUUCGAGUACGCCUGGCAAAAGGUGGAGUUGAGUAAAGGGAAGCGAAAAUCGCAGGCUGGUGGGUCGCAGCCGGGAACCUCCUCUUCGCACGACCAGCAGCGUCCCUGCCGGACCAAGUCCGAAUCGAGUGGUAGUUGCGCGUCGGAUGUGGAGGUUGCGCUGAAGGAGGAAGCCGUUGCCGUUGCUUAAAUUAAUGUCCUAUUCGAGUGCCGAGGUGUAGGAAUGGGUGCAACUUUGCACGGCAGUAUCAUCCAGAGUGUAACAAUAGUCAUCGGGUAUGAAACGGUGAUAAUAUUUAAUAACUGUCUACAAAGGAUUCGUUUAUGGAAAAUAUAAGCGUCUUUGUUGAUAACGCAUGAG